GUCAUCAAUAUCGUGUACCAGUCGUGUUCAGACCGCAAAACUGUUAUUUUUUCAAAAUGAAAUCGAACAUUUUUGUCCUAACCUGUUGGGGCUUCAUUUUUGGUGUGAUCGGUUCGCCCAAAAUUCAUUCGGCGGCAGAAGGGGGAUUCACACCAAGUCACCGAUAUUACGAAUCGGACAUCCUUACUUUCGACAAACCAUACAACACAACUAAUGGUAACAAACGUCAUGCAGUCACCGAACCAAAAAAAGAACCGAAAGAAUCUAGAUUUGGGGUAAUUUCUUAUGGUAAUUCACCCACGGGUGGUUACGACAACGGACUGAGCAUGCCAUUGAAAGUCGACUUAAGUGGUGUUGUAAUUGGGGUGUUUAUAGGCUUGGGUGCAGUUUUACUGAUACCAAAAAUUGCUCAUCUAUUAGCCGGAGGUGGAGGCUUUGGCAGAAGUAUAGAUCACGAUAUAUCCUCAGUCACGAACGUAUUGUCACGAAUCGACAACUCAUUAGCUGCACAUGACAUAGACAGUACGUCUUGUGCGCAAAGAAUUAUGUGCACGUUCGUAAGCGAUGCGAUGAAAAAUAAACACGGCGGCGAGUCUCGAACAAUCGACGAACUGAUACUUGGAUUUACUAGUAAUCCAUUAUUUUCUUAUAUGUUGAAUGGCACGGGGAUUAAAGAUGCAGUAGACGUCGGAAAGCUUCAAGAGGUGGAGAAAUGUUUAUCGACCUAUUCGAAAUGUCCACUAAACAAAGAAAACGUCUUGAAAAUCAUUUCCAGCUUGCUACCAGCCCGUUAAAAAAUUGAUGGAAACAUAAUUUGUAAUUCGCAUAGGUACCUAUGCUUUUUUGUAAUUGUGUUUUUAAUGUAAUUAAUUGAUAAGCAAUUCAA